AAGUCACAUGACAAACAAAAUGGCAGACACAAAAACUAUCUCUGCUUUGUUAACAGGCUUAGCCAGAAGGCGUUACUACAACGAAUCAGAGUACACAGAUGAAUUUCUUAAGAGUCAGAUAUUUCCUGAUUCAUCUGACGAGGAGUAUGCAUCUUUGCUGAGGCGAUGUUCCAACUACAUGAAGAGCAUGGUAUCAGCUGAUAUGGAUUUUAACCAAUUAGAAGCAUUCUUAACUUCACAAAUGAAGAGAAGAGAAGCAGCAAUGACAGAAGAAGAAGCCAGUGCAUAUAGAAAAUUCUGGAAAGUACAUAAGAAUAAAAUUCAUGACACAUUAGUUUCAAAAACAAAUUGGAACAAUUCUUUGAAGAAAGUGUCCUGGCGUAUUGAUGUGAAAUCACAAGCCAAGAAUACAGAAAAUAUGAAUGAACCUACUGCAAUAGUUGAACUGCAGAUAGAAAAUCAACACGAAUCACAGAAAGCUGAUGUUGUGCAAUUUGAAAUGGAUGAAAAUAAACUAGCAAAUGUCUUGCAAAACAUGAAAGACAUUGAAGAUCAGAUAGUGCAAUAUUGUCAACAAUGAAAUUGUUAUCACAUCAGAAGUAUACUCCCAACGGAUGUCAGUGCAUUUUCAUUCAGGAUAUGAAAUACUUGCAACUUGCAUGAAUAUACAAGUAUUUUUUAUGAGAUUAUUGAAAGGCUUGUCGUCUAAUACAGUGUAUGUGUUAAAAUAAAAUGCAGCAUUAACCAGUAUGUUGACAAGUACUUGAAAUUAUCAGGAUUCAGCUCUUACAAAUACAAGUAUAUAUAUGGUUUCACCAACAUGCCAUUAGUGUACAUACAAUACACAUGUAUAUUAAAACAGUACAAAAACUAUAAAAA